AUGUGGCCAUAUCGGGCCCCGUUCUGGGUCCACCAAGAGCAGUUGGUGUCCACUCCUCCUCCUCCUCCUCCUCCUCGGCCUCCGGGGUCAGUGAGACUCCGAGGAGGCAAGAACAAAUACGAAGGGACCGUCGAAGUAUAUUCCAACAAAGUUUGGGGCACCAUCUGCAGCAGCCAGUGGGAUGAUAACGGCGCAGCCGUCGUGUGUCGCCAACUGCAGCUUGGAGAAAGAGGCAUAGCCAAGCAAACACCACUUUCAGGAUUGGGCCUUAUCCCGAUUUCCUGGAGCAGUGUCCGUUGCCGUGGGGAUGAAGAAAAUAUACUGCUCUGUGAAAAAGACGUCUGGCAGGAUGGGACAUGUCCUCAGAAAAUGGCAGCCGCUGUCACAUGUAACUUCUCCGGGGGCCCUGCAUUUCCUCCUGUGCGACUGGUUGGUGGGAGAAGUUCUCACGAAGGCAGAGUAGAAGUCUACCACGGCGGACAGUGGGGGACUGUCUGUGACGACCAGUGGGACGAUGCUGACGCCGAAGUGAUCUGUAGGCAGCUCAGCCUAGGUGGCGUUGCCAAGGCAUGGAGCCAGGCAUACUUUGGAGAAGGCUCUGGCCCGGUGCUCUUGGAUGAAGUCCGCUGUACUGGAAAUGAGCUUUCUAUAGAACAGUGCUCCAAGAGUUCCUGGGGAGAACACAACUGUGGUCACAAGGAAGAUGCUGGUGUGUCCUGCACCCCUCUGACAGAUGGUGCCAUCAGACUAGCAGGUGGGAAAGGCAGUCAUGAGGGACGCUUGGAGGUGCGUUACAGCGGACAGUGGGGCACGGUCUGUGAUGACGGGUGGACCGAGCUGAAUACACAGGUGGUUUGUCGGCAGCUGGGAUUUAAGUUUGGCAAACUUGUGCCAGAAAGUCGCUUUGAAGAAAGCACGGGGCCCAUCUUGUUGGAUGACGUCAGCUGCUCAGGAAAAGAGUCGUCUUUCCUUCAGUGUUCCAGGCGCGAAUGGGGUAAACACGACUGCAGCCAUCGGGAAGAUAUCGGAAUGACUUGUCACCCAGACAAUGACGUUCAUAGACUUUCCCUGGGUCUUCCUAUCAGGCUGAUGGAUGGAGAAAAUAAGAAAGAAGGACGAGUGGAGAUUUUUAUCAAUGGCCAGUGGGGCACAAUUUGUGAUGAUGGAUGGACUGAUAAGGACGCAGCUGUGGUCUGCCGACAACUCGGCUACAAGGGCCCAUCCAGAGCGAGAACCAUGGCGUAUUUUGGGGAGGGAAAAGGACCCAUCCACGUGGAUAACGUCAAGUGCGCAGGAAACGAGAGGUCUCUGGCCGACUGUAUCAAACAAGAUAUUGGGAAGCACAACUGUCGUCACAGUGAGGAUGCAGGGGUCAUCUGUGACUAUUUUGGCAAGAAGGCUUUGGGGAACAGCAAUACAGAUUCCCUUUCAUCUGUUUGCGGUUUGAGGUUACUGCAACGUCGGCAAAAGAGGAUCAUUGGUGGGAAAAAUUCCCUGAGAGGCGGCUGGCCUUGGCAAGUGGCUCUGCGGCUGAAAUCGUCCCACGGAGACGGCCGGCUUCUGUGUGGAGCCACGCUGCUCAGCAGCUGCUGGGUGCUCACUGCAGCGCACUGCUUCAAGAGGUAUGGCGACAACACUCGAAACUAUGCGGUGCGAGUGGGAGAUUAUCAUACGUUGGUGCCAGAGGAGUACGAAGAGGAAAUAGGAGUCCGGCAGAUCGUGAUUCACCGAGAUUACCGCCCGGACAGCAGCGACUACGACAUUGCGUUGGUUAGGUUGCAAGGACCAGAGGAGCGGUGUGCCAGGUUCAGCACGCACGUUUUGCCUGCCUGCUUGCCGCUCAGGCGUGAGAGGCCCCAGAAAACAGCCCCUAAUUGUUAUGUAACAGGGUGGGGCGACACAGGUCGAGCGUACUCAAGAACCCUACAACAAGCCGCCAUCCCCUUACUCCCCAAGAGGGUCUGCGAGGAGCGUUACAAGAGCCGCUUUACGGGGAGGAUGCUCUGUGCCGGAAGCCUCCUGGAACAGAAACGCGUGGACAGCUGCCAGGGGGACAGCGGAGGACCGCUCAUGUGCGAGAGGCCCGGUGAGAGUUGGGUCGUGUACGGGGUCACCUCCUGGGGUUACGGCUGCGGAAUCAAAGAUUCUCCAGGGGUCUACACCAAAGUGUCAGCGUUUGUAGCCUGGAUAAAAAACAUGACCAAGCUGUGAGAAACUUCGACUGGGUGCCGGGAGAGAUGACAGUAUUUAAACUGGAGAAGCUUGAACCGCAAGCGGGGCACAGCCGGGGCCUUCGGUGUGACAAGCGGACACUUUUUUUUUAGUUUUCUAGAAGAGGGAAAGUCAAAUCUGAUGUAUUCAUAUUGUUGCUUUUUUUAUACUUUCUACCACUGUGCAUUUAUCCCAAAGCUGGUAUUCUAAAAGCAGAUGUUGGGGUAGCUACAGUCUCCCACCGAGCGUCCCUACUCGAGCAAAACGUUGGCUUUUGAAAGGCUACAAAACCAUCCCCUAUUUUCAGUACCUGCACUUUUUCGGGUCCAACCUGAAACACGAGGGUUGAAAAAUAGGAUAUAGCCUACGACGUGAACUUUAGUUUUCUUCUCUAGAGUGCUAGCUCAUUGGGAGCAAGGAAAUGUUUGAUGUUAUUUUCUCCCAAGCGCUUAGUUCAGUGCUCUGCACAAAGUAAGCACUCAAUAAUCCUAUGAAAGUGAGACUGGGACGUCCCUUACUCCGAUUGUGGGGCCAGAUAGGCAAGCCGGAUCUAUCGAUGGGUAUUUGAGUACUUAAUGUAGCAUCCUGAAUGAGUAAAAUAUAAGGAUCGGUAAACCCGACCCACUCCCAGCCUGACAGAACACCUGGGAAGCAAAACCGAAAUUCUGUCAGCCAUGCAUACUGACAACAGGAUUGCUGGGCAGGAUUGUGGGUAGACCACAGCUGCACAAAGCCAAUUAAACAUCCGGACACACCUCCAUCCAAGAAUUGGGGCCUAUGACCCACUUCUCUCCAUCCUCAUUUACAGGUGUGUAACCUUGACUAGUACUCUGCGCACAAGCACUUGAUUCACUUGAGUAAGGGAAACAUUCAAGGGGCUAAAUCCUCCCAAAAUUCAAACACUUGCCCCUUCGUGUGCUUCAGUGUUCGGCUGUAUGGUGCAGUACGUUGUUUUAUGGCCCGUGUCCUAUGUGAAUGCCCUGCUAGUCAAUAUUAAUUUUUUCAAGGGGAGAUCAAAGUUAAUUGUAGUACCUUUACAGAAAGCCGGUGGCUCCAAUGCUGAUAGCAUAUAACGUGACAAAGUAUCUCCUGAGAUCAGAAAACCUUAAGAUGUGCCGACUUAGAAAAGCCGCCCGGAGCAAACCCUUUCUAGGCACUGCACAUUAGUCGCUUCGCCAUCUUCCCUGCUUCCCUGCCCAAUUCAGUGCUUAUUGUAGAUAACAUACGUAUUAGCUGCAAUCGUCUAAUGUAUAUGUAAAGUGAAAAUAAUAAAGUUGACGAUAUCUGUGAAGUCC